AUGGAGGAGGAGCUGUAUGUUCCUGUAGGGAUCUGUCUGGCUGCCAGGGUCCCUGUUAGGGCUCUGCAUGUCCUGGAUGCCCAUGAGUUGGGCAUUAAUGCAGUGAGAUUCAGCUCCAGUUGUAACCUGCUUGCUACUGGAGGGACAGACAGAUCCAUUAAGCUGUGGGACGUUAAAGCAGGCAUGCUCCACAACAGAGGUACACUAGAUGGCAGCAACGAAGGAAUAACCAGCAUAGAGUUUGACCAAACAGGCACCAGGGUUAUAGCAGCGUCAUAUGAUAAAUCAGCUCUGUUCUGGCGGCUGGAUGACUCUGCUCCCAAGCUCACUCUGACAGGCCACUCACGUAAAGUGACAGCAGCCAAGUUUAAAUGCAGCCUGCGCCAGGUGGUGACAGGAAGCGCAGACAGGACCGUCAAGAUCUGGGAUCUCCACCGCGCUGCUUGUAUCCAGACCAUUGAGGUUCUAUCUUACUGCAGUGAUGUGGUGUGUUCUGAGCACGUCAUCGUCAGUGGACACUAUGACAGGAAGAUACGCUUCUGGGACAGCAGGGCUGCCAGCUGUACCCAGGAGGUUCCUCUCCAGGGGAAGGUAACAUCUCUGGACAUCUCUACUGACCACCGUCAGCUCCUCAGCUGCUCCAGAGACGAGAGUCUGCAGGUGGUUGACCUUCGCAUGAACAGCUCCAGGAUAUGCUUCAGAGCUGAGGGCUUCAAAUGUGGCUGUGACAGCACCAAGGCUAUAUUCAGUCCUGAUGGGAGCUACCUGGCAGCAGGAUCAGCAGAUGGGGCCAUUUACAUCUGGAACGUCAACUCUGGCAACCUGGAGACACGACUACCGGACAUGCACAGUUCGUCCAUCAACGCGGUGGCCUGGUCUGGGUCAGGGGAGUACGUGGUCAGUGUGGACAAGAGCCGGCGUGCAGUCCUCUGGAGCGGCAUUUAAACAGUCUGGUCGACUGGCCAGCCCACAGACCCAUUUGAACAUCAGUUUGGGGUUAGGUUUAGAAGGUCAUCUGAUCAUUGGCUGAGAGAACACGGAACACAUAAGAUGUUUAACAUGGCUGAGAGAACACGGAACACGUUGGAUGUUUAACAUGGCUGAGAGAACACGGAACACAUAGGAUGUUUAACAUGGCUGAGAGAACACGGAACACAUAGGAUGUUUAACAUGGCUGAGAGAACACGGAACACAUUGGAUGUUUAACAUGGCUGAGAGAACACGGAACACAUAGGAUGUUUAACAUGGCUGAGAGAACACGGAACACGUUAGGAUGUUUGUCUCACUCCUGCAACCAGUCUGACAGAACGUAACGGGGGUGAUAUUCCAACGGUUGCCUGGCUACCGAUCAAACAUCACUCAGGUUAAACGCCACGCCCACUAACGUUUUCUUCUCCACCAUGAGUCCGGAUUACUCCCCCGAAGACUUCCUGAAAGCGAACACAUUCAAACCGUUCUGAUUAGUCCCAGAACCCCGAUGGGUUGGAACAGAACUGGCCUACACGAUUCAUGAAUGACGUAGUUUUGACGUCAGCCCGAACGACUUCUGGGAUGGCAGGUUCAGACGGAUGUAUGGCGCUAGCGAUAGAGCAGCGAAAUGAAAGGAGGAGUCGACAGAUCUGACACGGUCUGCUGUUUUUCUUCGGUUUAUAACUUUGCUAAAGGGACCUGACAGAAAAUCAUAAAUACAAUAUCUGUCUUUCAAAAAAGUCAAUGGUUUCAUUUUGUUCUCUCCAUGAUUGUAUAGGGUCAUAACGGUGCCAACAUAACUCCAUAGUGUUGCUUUGCCUUUUUUUUUUGUAAACAAGCAUUUGUUCUGUCAAAACAACUUUUUUUUACUGAGUAGUUGAAAAAUGUACGUGGUGUCUAACCAUUCGUACUGGGGAAGGAAAAGCAUGGGUUAUGCUUGACGAGAAACGAAUACACUAGUUAUUCAGGGUUAGGGAUUCAUAUCCUCUGCUUCAAACAAUUGGAGGUAAAGCUUCAUGCUCUAGGCUGGCUUACAGAAAACACGACCAUAUCAGACAGUGUUAGAGUCACUACUGGUCUGCUAGUCUAAUAAUAAUAAUAAUAUAUGCCAUUUGGCAGACGCUUUUAUCCAAAGCGACUUACAGUCAUGUGUGCAUACAUUCUACGUAUGGGUGGUCCCGGGGAUCGAACCCACUACCCUGGCGUUACAAGCACCAUGCUCUACCAACUGAGCUACAGAAGGACCACCUAUACACCACUAGUCUAAUAGCUGAUACAUUAUGGAAAAACUAUCAUGACAACUGUGAUAAUAUGAUGAAAGGUUUUAAUCUAAGCUACAUGACACAUGUACAGAGCUGAAGGGAACGGAGUUAUCUGGAGGGUUCUGAAGGGAACGGAGUUAUCUGGAGGGUUCUGAAGGGAACAGAGUUAUCUGGAGGGUUCUGAAGGGAACGGAGUUAUCUGGAGGGUUCUGAAGGGAACGGAGUUAUCUGGAGGGUUCUGA